GGUGUGUUGUCUAUGAAAGACGGAGGGAGUGUGAAGGAGGUAGAUGGUAGAAAGAAGACAGAGGGGGGGGUGCAUGUCUAUUUAUGUGGUGGCGCAACGGCAAGAGGGAAGAAAUGGUGGAAAGAGAGACAGAGGGAGGGCGGAGACUUUGAGAGAUGGUUGAAGGAGUAA